AUGGCGCCAACCGGUGGGGGCAACGUGAAGGUGGUGGUGAGAGUGCGGCCGUUCAACAAGCGCGAAAUCGAGCGCAAUGCAGCCUGCAUUGUCGAGAUGAAAGGCGAUCAAACCGUCCUCUCACCUCCACCUGACGCCGUUGAGAAAGCGAAGAGGGGCGGGAACAAGGCCAUCCACGAAGGAAACAAGACUUUCAAGUUCGAUAAGUCCUACUGGUCCUUUGACAAGAACGACUCCAACUACGCUGGCCAGGAUAACCUGUUCAACGACUUGGGCAACCCGCUACUCGACAAUGCAUUCGGCGGAUACAACAACUGUAUCUUUGCCUAUGGCCAGACCGGUUCAGGAAAGUCUUACAGUAUGAUGGGAUACGGCGAGGAGGCUGGUGUCAUCCCCAAGAUCUGUCGAGAUAUGUUUGAACGCAUAGACAAGAUGCAGGCAGAUCCCAAUCUGAAGUGUACGGUGGAAGUAUCAUAUCUGGAAAUUUACAAUGAACGAGUGCGAGAUCUUCUCAAUCCUGCGACCAAGGGCAAUCUUAGGGUUCGAGAGCAUCCGUCAACUGGUCCCUAUGUCGAAGAUCUGGCGAAGCUCGCAGUACGAUCAUUUGCCGAGAUCGAGAAUCUGAUGGACGAAGGCAACAAGGCCAGGACAGUUGCUGCGACAAACAUGAACGAAACCUCAUCUCGCUCUCACGCCGUCUUUACCUUGUCCCUCACCCAAAAGCGGCACGACGCAGAGACCAAGAUGGACACCGAAAAGGUCGCAAAGAUCUCUCUCGUUGAUUUGGCCGGUUCAGAACGCGCCACAUCGACUGGAGCCACAGGAGCCCGUCUGAAGGAAGGUGCAGAAAUCAACAGGUCGUUGUCAACGCUCGGUCGUGUUAUUGCGGCCUUAGCCGACCUUUCCUCUGGCAAAACAAAGACUACCAAAGUUCCGUACCGAGACUCAGUUCUUACGUGGUUGCUGAAGGACUCGUUGGGUGGCAAUAGUAUGACAGCCAUGAUUGCUGCCAUUUCUCCAGCAGACAUCAAUUUCGAAGAGACGCUUAGUACGCUGAGAUAUGCCGAUUCGGCCAAGAGAAUCAAGAACCACGCCGUGGUCAACGAAGAUCCAAAUGCUCGUAUGAUCAGAGAAUUGAAAGAAGAGCUGGCUCAGCUCAGAAGCAAACUUGCGGGCGGCGGUGGUAGCCUCGGAGCCGGCAAUGUCCAGGCCUAUCCAGAAGGCACGCCUCUUGAGAAACAGAUGAUCACCAUCACGCAGGCCGAUGGCACAGAGAAGCAAGUCAGCAAAGCCGAGCUUAUGGAUCAGCUCAACCAAAGUGAGAAACUUUACCAGGAUCUCAAUGAGACCUGGGAAGAAAAACUGCUGAAAACUGAGGCCAUCCACAAGGAGCGUGAAGCGGCUCUCGAGGAGCUAGGUAUCAGCAUCGAAAAAGGCAAUGUUGGUAUGAGUACGCCGAAGAAAAUGCCUCAUUUGGUCAACUUGAGCGACGAUCCUCUCCUGGCUGAAUGCCUCGUCUACAACUUGAAACCGGGCAUAACUACCGUUGGAAACGUCGAUGCUUCGGAGAGCUCUGAGAUCCGACUGAACGGUUCAAAGAUCUUGGAACAUCACUGCAAGCUGGAAAAUGUCGACAACAUUGUUACCAUUAUCCCAACAGAAGGCGCGGCAGUUAUGGUCAAUGGUGUCCGUGUGGAAAAGUCAAAGCGCCUACGGAGUGGUAACCGUAUCAUUCUGGGAGAUUUUCACAUCUUCAGAUUCAACAACCCGCUGGAGGCCAAGGCUGAGCGUGCAGAGAGAAGUCUAUUGAGACACUCCGUCACAGCCAGUCAGAUUAGUUCUCCUUCGCCUUUACGUCCAUCACACGAGCGUUCGAUAAGUACGGCAGGCUCCGAGAUUGACGGUCACUCUAGCAGAGCAGAAUCCCCAAUGCCAGGCGGCCGUGACUCUGACUGGUCUUAUGCUCGGCGUGAAGCAGCGAAUGCAUUGCUGGGUAACGACACCAGGAUCAACAAACUGACUGAUGAGGAGCUGGACAGCCUUUUUGAAAACAUUCAGCGUGCUCGCGAAGAACGACGUGGCCGGCCCAUCCUAUCAGAUAACGAUGAGGACUCCGAUGAGAACAGCUCUUUCCUCGUCAGGGACAAGUAUGUGUCAGCUGGAACUAUGGAUGGUUACUCGCUAGAUACGGCAUUCUCUAUGCCUGGCACGCCAUCAAUGUCAGAUGGUGCAGAGAAUGACGGCGAUGUCACACUCAAAGCCAGUCAGCUUGACAUGCAGAAUCAGCUUGAAGAGCAAAAAGCCGUGUUUGAGAAGCAGCUCAAAGUUGAUCGAGUGUCCUCCCCGACAUCAGAGUCUGCCCAAGAGGCCCAGGCUGCACAAAUGCGGGAAGAACUCGAACGACAGAAGCAAGAGUUUAAAGAAGAGCUCCGAAAGCAGAAAGAGGAGUUUGCAGAACAGAAGCGGGUAUGGGAACUGGAGAAGAGAGCAGGACGACCUCCCGAGCUAACACCUGGGGAGAGGGCUACGGCUCGUCUUGUCGUGGACAGGUGGCAAGGCAGAAACAACGUCCGCAUUGCUGAAGCUGUGCUUCAGACUGCUGGACUGCUCAAAGAAGCACAGGUCAUGAGCAAACUACUCGAGCAAGAGACAAUGUUUCAAUUUGCCAUCCUGGAUGCUGGAGAGAACCAUGGAUCUUCAUACGAUUUAAUUCUCCACGACAUAUCUCGAGACGAAGACAUUGCUUUGCAAGAUGCACGGAAGCCAUGCUUGGCCGUUCGAGUGAUCGAUCACCAGUUCUCGUGCAUCCACCUAUGGUCAAUCGAGAAGCUCAAGCAGCGCUUGGCGAAAAUGCGGCAGAUGUACCAUUACAAGGACCAGCCAGACUAUCUACAGCAUUUCCGGCUAGAUAAUCCUUUCAGGGACUCUGAUCAGCCACUGUACUCUUUGAUUGGUGAUGGGAGCAUACCACUAACAGCCGUUUUCGAGACACGAGUGCAGGAUUUCAACGUCGAUGUCAUCUCACCUUUCACUAAGCAAAUUAUUGGAAAGGUCAGGAUGUCGCUGGAACCUUCGCUUGCAGAGUCACCACCUUCAACAAUCAAGUUCAACAUCGUGAUGCGCGACUUUGUGGGGUUCUCAGAACAUGAAGGCACCAACGUGCAUGCUCAGAUGUCAGUUCUUGGUACGUCUGAUGAGAGUGUGGCUACGACACACACUGUUUCCGGCUUCGGUGAAGGUCCAGUCCGCUUCGAAAGCAUACACACUCUCAGCGUUGCAAGGAAUAGUGAGCAGUCAGCCGUGUUGAAGAUUGCAGUCUUCUCCCAAGUCACCUCCACACAUCUCGACAAGUUAAACAGCUGGGAUGAGCUGCGGGAGCUGAUGGAAAAUCCAGAAGAGGUGAAGCAAGCUAAGCAUCGCAUACCGGAGUCAGAGUUCCACACAGAAGAGCGAUACGAUGUGUUCGCCAAGGUGCAAUUUCUCGAGCUGAACGAGAAUGGCCAAUACGCACCAGUAGAGGUCGUACACACCGAUGGGAGUGAUCAAGGAGUCUUCCAACUCCAUCAGGGCCUGCAGCGGCGCAUUUCGAUAACGCUGACGCAGAGUCUGACGGAGACAUUGCCCUGGGAUGAUCUGAAGAGUCUGCGUGUUGGAGAAGUCCACCUCAUUGACUCAUCAGGACGUAUUGCAGACAUCGGCACAGAAACCCCCGACAUACCUCUCAAGCAAAUUCAGGAGCCUAUGAUCAAGGACAACGCCGAUGGUACGUCCAACGUGACAAUAAUCGGCCAAUGGGACAGCUCUCUGCACAAGUCGCUGCUUCUCGACAGAGCCACCAACGAGAAUUGCCGAGUCCAAGUCUCGGUAAGAUGGGAUAUCGUUUCGUCCCGCCUGGAUAAGCCCAUGGUCUUCUCCAUCCCACAACAAGUUCAGAUCACACCACGAACCUACUACCGACCACAGUCCGUGCUCAAAUCCUUUUGGAACCAGACCCGGAUCACUCGCUCCACCGAAGGCCUCUUCAAUAUUGUGGUACGGCCAACGAGCGCUAAGCGCGCCGCCGAUCUGUGGCGCAUGGACACCUCAAAAGACUAUGUCAAUGGCGAAGAACUUGUUGGUAGCUGGAGCCCGCGCGGGAUCUCGCUGGUCAAAGACUAUAUUUCCGCGCGUCGGAAGCGGCGCCAAAUGCAAGAUAUCGAAUCAGCCAAAGCCACUCUGGGCAUCAAGCGGUUGACCGUUGCAGGCGGCAAAUCUAAGUCUCGCACGCCCUCUCCAGCCGAACCUCCCAACGCUCGCGAAGAGGACCUCUUGCGCCGCUUCGCUGCGGUCUGGUCGCGCCGCGGCUUCGAGCUCUCUCACCCUAUCUUCGGGGAGAGCAGUUCUGAUAGUAGCACCAGCAACACCAAUGGCGGAGGCGAUACUCAACCAGCUGCCGACGCCAACGGCCGCAAGAUCAAGUACAUCGCCGCGGUGGCCAACAUCCCCAAGAACCCCGUGUCCCUGAAGUCCGGAUACCUCCUUACACCGUCGGACACGCUCGACCCAGACCACGCCUCGAUGCAGUGGAAGCGACGUUUCGUUGACCUGCGCUCCCCGUACCUGAUGAUCCACUCGGUCCCAGACGGCGAAGCCAUCAACGCCAUCAACCUCAGCUACGCGCGCAUCGACCACGACCCGGACUUCAAGCGCCUGCUGGGCGGCGUUCCGAGUGAAGUCAUGGACGGUAGCAGCAGUAACGGCAAGGGCCACAAGCGAGGCGGCAGCGCGGAUCUGCACGGACUGGCGCACGUCUUUGCCGUGUAUGGCGAGCAGAACACGUUUUUGUUCGCGGCGAGGAGUGAGAGCCAGAAGGUGGAUUGGAUACUGAGGAUCGAUCAGAGUUACUUUGGGAGCGUGCAGGAGGAGGAUGGCGUGGGGGACAGCUGA